AUGUCAUCAUCAUCAUCAUCAGUAUCUGAUGGAAUUCUCCAAUUUGCAACACAAUACUCGAUUUAUAGUGGCUUUAUUACAUUUAGUUUUGAAGUUAUUGGUAAUGCCUUGAAUCUGCUCGUUUUUACUCAAUUGAAACUAUUUCGAACUAAUCGAUGUGCCUUCUAUAUAACUAUUGAAUCAAUUUCUAACUUCAUUUAUCAGUUUUUAUCUAUCACUUUGACUAUUUUAACAUCUAUAUAUGGAGAUGAUGCAACAGGACGUUCUUCAAUUUGGUGUAAAUUCAGAUUUAUAUUAGCACAAAUAUGUGCGCUCACUACUCUUUAUAUGAUAUCUUUUUCUGCGGUUGAUCAAUUCUUUUCGACUAAUCAUCGUUACAAUCUAAGACAAAUGUGUACAUUGAAACUAGGUCGAUAUGUUACGUUUAUAUUCGUUUGUUUUGCAAUCAUUCAUAGCAUUGCACUUGGCUCUUCUUAUGAUAUUCAGCCAACAUUUGGAUGUGUCAUAUCGGAUCAUACAUGGGUUCAGUAUUCAACAUAUUUCUUUUAUCCAGUUUUAGUUGGUCUCCUACCUAUUGUAAUUGCAUCAUCGUCUAGUAUCUUAGCUUAUCGUAAUGUCCGUCAUAUAGUUCGACGACAAUUAGCAAUUGUUCGUCGUAAACUAGACAAACAAAUCACAGCAAUGGUUCUUAUGCGUGUGAUAGCCUUUGUUUGUUUGGUAUCAUCUUAUAAUGCUUAUCGUAUCUAUGCGACUAAUUUUCCUCCAUCACGAAGUAUGCCUAUGGCAUAUGCAAUUGGUAGAUUGCUUCAAACAAUUCUUCUUUCUAUCAACAAUAUAAAUUAUAUGAUCAGCUCUUAUAUUUUUAUAAUAUUCUCAUCACGUUUUCGUCGUCAAGUAGAAAUUGUUCUAGUAAAAAAAUGUUGGCAACGAUGCAAAUAUUGGUGUUGUUCCAUAAAUAAUCGAAUUGAAUCUGAGAACAAUAUCGAACCAUGCAAUUCGUAA